CACCCCACACAGGAUUUAACAGAAAGUUAAGGAUUCGGAAGAAAAAAGGAAUGGCUAUUGGCGGUAACUGCAUUUCCCUGUCUUCCGUUUUCUCAUGCCCAUAUGAAAACGAAGUGCUCUUGAUAAGAAAGAAACCCACUUGCAAAUUCUUGCUUUCCAAGAAUUUCUUCAAAAUGGGCAGGAUCAAUUGUAAGCUAUCAGAUAGUGGAAUCCAAAAAAAACCCGCUACAAAAGAUGUGUCAUUGAGCUCAAGGAACAGGAUGGAAGACUACAAUAUAGCCAUGAAAAGGAUGAUGAGGAACCCAUAUGAGUACCACCAUGAUCUUGGUAUGAACUACACACUGAUAACCAAUAGUUUGAUCGUGGGCUCCCAGCCUCAAAAACCUGAAGACAUCGAUCAUCUGAAACAUGAAGAGAAUGUGGCGUACAUUCUAAAUUUGCAGCAGGACAAGGACGUUGAGUAUUGGGGCAUUGACUUGCAGGCUAUAAUAAAAAGAUGUCAAGAACUUGGAAUUCGUCAUAUGAGGCGGCCUGCCAAAGAUUUUGAUCCAGAUUCCUUGAGAAGUAUGUUACCUAAGGCUGUUUCAUCAUUGGAGUGGGCCAUUUCUGAGGGGAAAGGCAGAGUGUAUGUGCACUGUACUGCUGGACUGGGAAGGGCCCCUGCUGUUGCAAUUGCUUACUUGUUCUGGUUUCAGGGCAUGAAUCUGAACACAGCAUAUGAUAAACUAACUUCAAAGCGACCUUGUGGACCCAAUAAGAGAUCAAUACGAGGAGCAACAUAUGAUCUUGCCAAGAAUGAUCCGUGGAAGGAGCCAUUUGAUAAUCUCCCAGAACAUGCUUUUGAAGAUAUAGCAGAUUGGGAGAGGAACUUGAUUCAUGCGCGUGUUCAUUCUCUUCGUGGAACUUGAACAUUUAGGUAAGCAUUUGUUGAUUGUCAUCUUGCGUGACACUACAAUUGAAAACUUCUUGAUUCUUGGAUCUGAUUUUUCCUGAGGAUUUUUCACCUCAAAUUAGUAAAUAUAUCGAUCAAUGAAUCAGCAUGCUAA